AACAUCAGCAGAGUAAUCUUCUUGUGUGUGCUGCUGCCCUGCCGCUGCAGGCGACAUCGCUCUCUCCCCGGUCACUGCAGGUGUCGCGUUCUCUCUCGGUCCCUGCGGGGAGAUGUACCAAGGGUUCCCCGGCGACCCCGACAGCGGAUCCCGUGGAAGCUCGUCUCCAUCCAUAGAGUCCCAGUGCCUUUCCUCCGUGGACUCCUUCGGAAGCCCGCCGACCACCAGUGCUCCGCAGGAGUGUGUGUCAGCGGGAGCUGGCUUGAGCAUUGUGGGCAGCGGGCUAGGGGCCAGUGUCGGAGGGGAGAUGCCCGGUUCAUUCGUGCCCACCGUCACCGCCAUCACCACCAGUCAGGACCUGCAGUGGAUGGUGCAGCCAACCCUCAUCUCUUCCCAGGCCUCGGGACAGAGUGGGUCCACUGGCACCACAACCAUGACCCAACCGGUGUCACUGGUUGACCCGUAUGACAUGCCGGGCCCCAGUUAUUCUUCAAGGUCUGGAUUCACUCCUCCAAGUUCAGAUACUCCAGGCCCAGCCCCGGGCCCCAUCCGCCUGUCCAGAACCCGUAGCCGCCGUACACGAGACGAGUCUGUGAGUGAAGAUGGAGAUGUUGGUGUGUUACUAACACCUGAGGAGGAGGAGAAGAGGCGUGUCCGUCGAGAGCGAAACAAGCUGGCUGCCGCCAAAUGCAGAAACCGCCGACGAGAACUCACAGACAGACUGCAGUCGGAGACGGACAUACUGGAGGAGGAGAAGGCGGAGCUGGAGGCUGAGAUCUCGGAGCUGCAGAAGGAAAAGGAGCGUCUAGAGUUUGUCCUGGUGGCCCACCAGCCGAACUGUAAGAUCCCAUACCAGGAGCAGCCUCAGCAGGGCUCAUCGCAGCUGCCUCCAGUCCAGGCUCAGCUCCCGUCCCAGACCUUACCACCUCCCGUCUCCAUUGUGGGCUUGGCUGUGAAGGAAGACUCUUUCUAUCUGCCUCCUGCCUACACAGUCCAUCCGGCUUCCACACAGCCCCAGCCUCCGGUUCAGCAUCAGCAAGUCCAGCAGCAGCCUCAGCCAGGGAUAAUGCAGGAGGUAGAGUUUUCUAGUUCUUUCUAUGGCUCAAGUGAGCUGGCACCUGGCGGGCCGUGCCUUAUGGCCAGCGACAGUGGUGGUGGUGGUAACCAUGACGAUGCGGCCAUUGGCAGCUACAACACCUCAUACACAUCUUCAUUUGUGUUCACCUACCCAGAGGGAGCCUGCGGGGUCAGUGCCAACCAGCGGAACAGCAGUAGCGAGCAGUCAUCCGAUUCCCUGAACUCGCCUUCGCUGCUGGCGCUCUGACUGACCGACAGACACACGCACACACAUAUCAACACGCACAUACAUUGUGCUCGCUGGAAGUAGGGGGCUGAGGCGAGUACAUGCACAGUGCCGAUCAGUCUGACAGAUUGAGAAAAAAAAAAAAACACCAAUCAUUUGUAUCUGAUUGGGUUAAAGUUUACACAUUCUGAAAUGCAUUCCAAUUAAGAGCCAUACAAACCCUCAACACCGACCUUAAACAAUGAAUAAAUUCUUGUUUUGUAUUAUUGGAAUACCAGCAACUGGACAAGAUGAGUGAAUAAAAACUGAGUCACUAAACCAAGUCCAAGUUGCCAAUUUGAAGUGCUCUGAAUUAAAAGGUGAAUUCACAAUGAAUACUCUCAAUCUUCAACACGUGCAGUACAUUGAGUAAGAUACCCCAAGCUCACUUUACACUCCAACAAGCACCAGUGCCCCCACCUUGUUCCCUCUGUCGGUUGCCCUUUUUCCAGUGCUCUUGCUCUCAUCCUUUUCCAUUCCUUUCUCCCUUCUUCCUCUCGCUGAAUGUAUUUGUGCAGAUCUGAAAUAGGGAUGACGGACACUUUGUUCAGGGUCUUUUCUUGUGGGAGACAGACUGCUGAUCUCUCACUCACCUCUAACCCUUCAUCUGCUCGACUCUGCUUCUUCAUUUGCUGCUUGGACUUGGAAAGUUGGGGAUCUGAAUAUCGCCUCCGCUAAACCUUGUGCUUUCUUCUCUCGUUUUUAAAAAUUCUUCUGCCGUCUGCCUACCUGCCAUGCGACCCAUCUCUACCCAUCUCUGUUUCUCCUCUUCUGUCUCUGUGUUUCUCCUUCUCUCUGAAGUCUUCAACUCCCGAGAGCCCGAAGACCCCCUCCAGCCCUUGGGACCUUGAGUGAAUGCCGUACCAACUAACACGCCCUUUUGCAUCCUCUCAUACAAGGACACGGAUGCAACCCCCCCCAGUACAGAAGAACCUUUAUCUUGGAUUGCAUUGCUCAAAGAGGAUCCUUACAGUGAACAGCAGCUAAUUACUUUUAACACAUGCACAUAGACGCAUUAUUGAUGAACCCAAAAUCCAAGACGGAUGCCACUGUCUUCUGCUGAGCCAUUUUUCGAUGUUCACGUGAUGAAGAUUAGACACAUCUUACGUUGUGAGGCAGGUUAAAAAGUGAGGAUGGAGAGAGAUUUUAGCUAGAAGGAGGAAGGAAGUGCAAGCAAGCUGGACAGACUCAGAUGGAGGUGAUGGAAAGCGGAUGACUCCCAUCCUAACCAUUGAUUUUUGGCACCGAAUGUUGAAAACAAAGAAAGAGACCAAUAUUUAAAAAAAAAAAAAAAAAAAAAAAAAAAAGAAGAAAGACGAAAAACGUCUUGCUCUUGCCAACUGUGUGGAAGGGUGACCUCAGUAAAAAACACCUCCAUACCGCAGAGCCUCAUCAUCCUGGGCCUACAUGCGUAUAUACACACCAUCGCUUUCAAGUCUGACUGAAGAUACAGACGUUUUGUUGUAUCACACCAGGCUCAGGCUGAGUUUUGCUCGGAAUCAAUCAGAUGUGAACCGAUGCCUUUAUUUAGAGGAGAGACGUUUUUUGUAGAGAUUCAGACAACCUCUAAGCAUUGGGCUCAGUAGUCUCUGUACCUCCCCUGUUCUCUCAGUUGAGACAAGGUGGGGGUGCAUUUAUUGUGAGUGCGUCCACUCUGAGGCACCUGGCCCGUUUAUUUCUUUCUUUAUUGAGGUUGAUGUGGUGAGCGAGCACAAAGCAAGACCUGGAAACAAAAGGGGAGAACACGUGGGCUGAAUUUGUGGCGUGACCAUCCUUUCUUUGCCUGUGAAUUUGUACAAUUUGUUUUUUCCUGUAUGUUUGAGUGACAAUUGUUAUAUAUUUUAAUGUUUGUUUGUUUGUGUGUUAGAUUGUUUUACAAUGACCUCUGCUUUCUCUUGUACUGUUGCCGUUUCUUGGUUUUGUUUUGUUUUUUAACUUUUUUUUUGUUUUUUUAAUCAGGAGAUAAUAGUAACAUAACUGUUACUAUUAUUAUUGCAUUGUAACUUUUGUUUCAUUAUUUUAUUGUAUUUUCAUUUGGCAACUUCGGAGGCAUGUUGUGCACUACAAAAAAAAAAAAAUUGUAAGUCUAUAUGCAUAUACAUAUAUACAGGUAACAUGUAUAUAUAAGUGUAUGUACCAUGAUUGUAAAGUAUGAAUGUCUGCAGAUUUAAAUGGGAUAUUUUUAUCAAUGAAGAACAAGAUAAAAUGUUUCUGAGGUUUAGUUUUAAAAUGAAUAUUUUUCUAAAGGAACAAAAAAAAAACUAUAUUAAAUUUAAAGUACUGACCUGUCCCUCAACAUGAAGCACGAGGUCACUGCCUCUAUCAGUGUGUAUUUAUGUUUUAUAAACAAUAUAAAGCACUCUCCAGAUACAUUUAAUGUAUGUUUGUAAUUAUGACGUAAGAAGGUUGUGGCAAAGCCUUUGUUUUGUUUCUUUGUUUUUUCUCUGUGAGGUCUGUCCCAAAGCUACUGACACCUUAAUGCCACUUGAUCCUUAGCAGAUGCAAAAUGAGGGAAAAAAACAAAACAAAAAACAAGUGUGAUUGAAUGUCAAUGCACAUAUUAAAAGUGUUCAGACUACAAAAUGAUGACUAAACUGUUUUAUUUAAGGACAAAGUAUUUCAUAACUAGUAUGUAUUUCUGUCAGUAUAAACAUAUCACUCAAUAACAUUGUUAUUUCCUAACUGAAAUGUUUGUUUUGAAGGAUAACUGCAGCUUUAGCCUUGAUAUGAACAUUUUCAUAUUUAAGUUUUUCCAUUCUUGUACUCAAGUGAAUAUGUUGUCUAAUUGAGUUUUUAAAAAAAAUUAUUGUGAUUGUAUGUGCUGGAUAAGAAGCUUUAUUUUCAAUAAAUACACAUUUAUUCAAAGCAAUGGCUAGAUUAAUGGUAUAAAUCUUUGUUCAAACGUGGCUCUUGGUGGUCAAAAAAUGGGCAGACCUCAUUUUUAAAAUGUUGAAUAAGGACUGUGUUUGUACAAAUGUUAGAGAUGCCUUUUGAUUUCUCUCCAAAUGCAAAUGUGAUGAGAAUAUGUUCUGGUGUGAGAAUAAUCAUAAAACAUAUUCAAUAGUUCUCAUGUAUAUAGGUUUUUGUGGUGCUACUCAUAGUAUACUAUAAUGGCAAGGCAGUUUCACAUUGUACGGUGGAAGGUUACACAUUGCUGUUGAAGAGGCUCCAGACAAAUGAACACGCUGCUCGGCUCAUCAGGAAGUUUUAUUCUGAAAGGAAGCCGAUAACACAGUGAAUUCCCUGCAGCUGAAGCUCUGAGAGCCCAGUAAUUACUCAGUGAUUUCAUCAUAAUUUAAUAUCUAUUGCUACAAGUGUGAUAAACAGAUCUCAGAGAGCCCUUGUACUGUACCUGCACUCCACACAACAUUUUAGACUCAUUCUUUCAUCUAAUUCUUUUUGCCUCGGAUUUAAUUGAAGUUGUCUGAAAUUGCUUUAAAUCUUUUUUUUCUGUAAGGUUACAAUCCCAACUGAGUGGCUAAUGGAUUAGCAAAAGGUGAUGAAGGAAAAGGAGAAAUAUUUAGCUAUCAGUUAUAAGGCAGAGAAACUGCCUGCACCUACCUGUACUGUACAAUGGCUACGUUAGCAUUAACUGAACAAGAGCUUUCCUAUUUUUCUAUGAUGAGGUGAAUGUUGCUAUGUAUUUCUAUUUUUCCAUAAGUCCCAUAUAUGCUCUGACUUCAUAUUUUCCCUUGUAUGACAUGCAAUACUCAUUAUCCUCUUGGAUAAACAUAAUGUAGCAAAUCACACAGUGCUCAAACUGACUGCUACUAUAUGUCAAGUGUGAUGAUGUAUUGCUUCAAUUAUCAAUUUUUUGUUACAAUAUUUAAAAUUAUCCUUAAUACUUCUCAUAAUAUCUAGUUCUGAGACAAUCUCCAUGAUGAAAUUGUAUUACAAUAUACAAUAUUUUAAAAAAAAAUGUUUUCAAUUAUUGAUGACUAGCAAGGUUCCUCCACUUCGAAAAGUCACUGCUUUUAUUACAAACCAUUCCUUUUAUCAAUGUUUCAUCAGUGUUUCAACAAUUUACACUACAUUCCUGUUUUUGGGAGCAAAGCUUUCAGUUUUGUCAGAUUUGGACACAGAGGACAUAUGAUUUGAUACAUUUUGAGGUUAGAGCAGCAAAAGUCCUAAAGAAACCUGCUGUAGAUGCGACAUUUAGAUGACAGAUGUCAUUUGUAGUUGCAAAACUAGCUCAUGAAGGUGCUCUGAAAUCAAAUGUUUUCAGUGCAUAAAAUUUAACAUAACUUACUGGUUUUCUGCAAUUCACGAUAAAGUACUAUUUACUUAUUUUUAUAACUUGAUUUUCAUUUGUUUUUACUCCUGAAGAGGACCGAAGUGUAUGACAUAUUUGCCAUGUCACUUAUGCAGUCCCUACUCUCUCAUCUUCUGUGUCUAUAUUUCAGCUUCUGGCCCUUUUUGCUGUCCUAUAAACGUUUACAUGAUAUAGUUUUUUUUCUGGGUUUAUGGACUGCAGAAGCUGGGUGGGCUGUCUCCUUUAAUGAUGGUUUGACCAAAUACU